GCAACCAUGAACGGCACAGAGGGACCAUAUUUUUACAUCCCUAUGGUUAAUACCACUGGUGUUGUCCGGAGUCCUUAUGAAUACCCUCAGUACUACCUUGUCAGCCCAGCAGCCUAUGCUUGUCUUGGCGCCUACAUGUUUUUUCUCAUUCUUGUCGGCUUUCCUGUCAACUUCCUCACCCUCUAUGUCACCCUCGAACACAAGAAGCUGCGAACCCCUCUAAACUACAUCCUGCUCAACCUUGCGGUGGCUGACCUCUUCAUGGUUUUCGGAGGAUUCACCACAACGAUUUACACCUCCAUGCACGGCUACUUUGUCCUCGGACGCCUUGGCUGCAAUAUUGAAGGAUUCUUUGCUACCCUUGGUGGUGAGAUCGGUCUGUGGUCACUGGUUGUUCUGGCUAUUGAAAGGUGGCUGGUUGUCUGCAAACCCAUCAGCAACUUCCGCUUCAGUGAGAACCAUGCUAUUAUGGGUUUGGCCUUCACCUGGGUUGCAGCUGGGGCCUGUGCAGUCCCCCCUCUCUUUGGCUGGUCUCGUUACAUCCCAGAGGGCAUGCAGUGUUCAUGCGGAGUCGACUACUAUACCCGUGCAGAGGGGUUCAACAAUGAGUCCUUUGUCAUCUACAUGUUCAUCUGCCACUUUAUCAUCCCUCUGUCUGUCAUUUUCUUCUGCUACGGUCGUCUGCUCUGUGCCGUUAAGGAAGCAGCUGCUGCCCAGCAGGAGUCCGAAACCACCCAGAGGGCUGAGAGGGAAGUCACCCGCAUGGUCAUCAUCAUGGUCAUUGGUUUCUUGGUUUGCUGGUGCCCCUAUGCUGGUGUGGCCUGGUACAUCUUCACACAUCAGGGUUCUGAGUUUGGACCUCUUUUUAUGACCAUCCCAGCUUUCUUUGCCAAGUCAUCCUCAAUCUACAAUCCACUGAUCUACAUCUGCAUGAACAAGCAGUUCCGCCACUGCAUGAUCACCACCUUGUGCUGCGGGAAGAAUCCCUUCGAAGAGGAGGAGGGAGCAUCCUCCACUGCCUCCAAAACCGAAGCCUCCUCUGUGUCCUCAAGCUCCGUGUCUCCUGCAUAAAUGGAGCAACAGGCAAAGGCUCCAUCAUCCACUAUCCAAGAAGAAGACUUCUGCCCCCCCAGGGAAACGACUGAAGGCUAAUGUCUACAGAAAUAACUUCCUGUUUUUUAUUUUUACAAACGACUU